UAUUCUCUUACAAACCCACCUCACAAACCCGCUUCCUGACGUAUCAGUUCACCAUGUUGACGUCCGCCAGACUCGCAGUUGUAGCCCUCUUCGCGACCACCGUUCUGGCUGGGAAGCGCGGCCUAUGCUGGACUUACUUCGAUGGAUCGCUUGAUCCUGGUGUUUUUAACAACGGAGAUGGAGAAGUUGUCGCAAUCUAUGAUUAUGAGACGUAUGCUCCGCCUUCCACCAAUGGAAACGGAGGCCUCGGAUUCAUCGGCAUGCAGCGCUGCCUCGACUGUUCAUCCAGUCCUAUCGCAGAUCUGGCGUCACGUCAGGCAUCACAAGGCUGGGCUACUGUGUUUACGUUGAACGAACCUGAUAUCAACAGCAUCACCCCAAGUCAGGCCGCUUCUUGGUACAUCCAAUACAUCAACCCAUUGGCCAUCAAGAAGGCUCUCCCUGCUGUUACCUCCAGCACAACGAGUGGACAGGGUCUUAGCUGGGUCUCUCAAAUGAUCAGCGCUUGCGCAGGACAGUGCUACUUCGACUAUAUCAACUUGCACUGGUAUGGACAGACCUUUGCAGCUUUCCAGAGCUACGUAGAAUCGGCCCACAGUCAAUUCCCGAACUACCAACUUGUCAUCACGGAGUUUGCUCUGCAGAACCCCGCAGGUGGUCAAGCAGAUCAGGUGACCUUCUUCCAACAGGCGUUCGCUUUCCUUGACGGGGCGUCAUACGUUGAGCUUUACUUCCCCUUCUUGGCAACUUCGCCAGCGCUCUUCCAAGCGAACAACCCGUCUGGUGCCUCUUAUGUCGGAACUGGGUCGUGCCUCUACAACAACGACGGAACUCCGUCUGCAGUUGGAAACCUCAUGUACUAGUUGUCUUAUCACCCCUUCUUGUACAUGCCUUGGUGUAAAGA